AUGCUGUCUCUGUUCGCCAAGUCGUUGUCCGUGCUCGCUUCGGCUCAGGCCGCCGCGGGUUUGGUAGUUCCACGGGCCGAGUAUCAGGCCAUCGACACGACUAAACGUGCCACUGGCUCUGUCAAUGCCGUCUACUUUGUCAACUGGGGUAUCUAUGGCCGCAACUACCAGCCUGCCGAUAUUCCCUCUGACAAGAUCUCGCAUCUUAUAUACUCCUUUAUGAAUCUUCGUGCAGACGGAACUGUAUAUUCCGGUGACACUUAUGCUGAUCUCGAGAAACACUAUGCCGAUGACUCCUGGGACGAGAGCGGAAAUAACGCAUAUGGCUGCGUUAAGCAGCUGUACAAGCUCAAGAAGGCGAACCGUAACCUAAAGGUUAUGCUCUCCAUUGGUGGUUGGACUUGGUCUACCAACUUCCCUGCUGCCGCCUCCACUGAUGCCACCCGUACAACUUUCGCCGAAAGUGCUGUUACCCUUAUGAAGGACUGGGGCUUCGACGGCAUUGACAUAGACUGGGAGUACCCUGCCGAUGAGACUGAGGCUGCCAACAUGGUCCUCCUCCUCAAGCGCAUCCGACAAGAGCUCGACUCGUACUCUGAGGAGAGCGCCGAUGGUUACCACUUUCAGCUCUCCAUUGCCACCUCUGCUGGUCCCCAGAACUACGGCAAGCUUGACAUGGCCGAUCUCGGUGACGUCCUUGACUACGUCAACCUCAUGGCCUAUGACUACGCUGGCUCCUUCAGCAACUACAGUGGACACCAGGCCAACCUCUAUGCUAGCGAGAGCAACCCCAAUGCCACCCCAUUCAACACUAAUGAUGCCGUCGACGCCUACCUUGCAGGUGGCAUUCCUUCCUCCAAGCUUGUCCUGGGGAUGCCCAUCUACGGUCGCGCCUUUACCGGAACUGCUGGUCCUGGAACAGCCUUCAGUGGAGUCGGUGAGGGCAGUUGGGAGAAUGGUAUCUGGGACUACAAAGCUCUGCCGCUCGAUGGCGAGACGGUCCAGUAUGACGAGAAUAUUGGCGCCAGCUGGACCUACAAUUCUGGCACCCAGACUCUCGUCUCCUAUGACACUCCAGAUAUGGUCCGCACUAAGGUCGCUUACGCUCAGAGCAAGAGCCUUGGUGGUAGUAUGUUCUGGGAGGCUUCUGCUGACAAGACUGGUGAGGACUCGCUCAUCAGCACCGCUCUCGACAGUAUGGGUGCCCUCGACAACACCCAAAACUGUCUCACGUACCCUGACUCUGCUUACGACAACAUCAAGAGCAACCUGGCGUAA